GACCCGCGGUCCCAGGAAGAACUUACUGAGAGAAAGCUGACUCCCCUAGAAAGUUGUGGGUGGGCAGAAAAGAUGUCAAGAACACCUCCACCCUAAGAGGAAAAGGAAACAUGACCUCUGAGUCCAGUUAGGAACCCAGGGUCUCAGGUGGGGUCUGUCACUGCCCCUCUGGCUCCUUGCAACUCAGGCUCUUUCCCAAUAGUUUGUGUAGCUAGCUGGUCUCUGUCAGCAGCAGUCUCCUCCCAGCCAUACUCUUCCUCACUUCUGUCUUCGUGUGCUGGCCUUAGCCUGGAAUGCCUCCCUCCUUCCCUCUGCCUUGCCCUUUAAGGUGGAGUUCACAUGUCCCCUCUUCUGUGACUUGUCUGACUUCAGUAGCUUAUAGUCCUGAGUUAUUGACUUGCACGUUACAGCACUAAUCUUGCUGUAUCUCUUUAAUUACUCUGUUUCUCUGUAUCCCUCCCUCCUGGUGGUGGUGGUGGUGGGGGAGGCUUAUUUGUUUUUGCUGUGCUGGGGAUUGAAUUCAGGACCUUACAUAUGCUAGUCAAACAUUCUGCCAUUGAGCUGUAUCCCACCUUGGCUGUUUUCACUUCUGGAUUAUAAUAAGAUGGGAUUUUUAAAAUAAUAAGAAGGGAAGACAUGGGCAGAGUACCACUGACUAUCAAGGCAAAGUCUGUGUGUCAUGCUAGGGUUCUGUCCUUCCCUAUUGGUGGUAUACAUAAGUUUUCCUUUUGCGUUUGGAAACAUGAAGAACAAAGAUCAUAUCUUAGUAAGUUUGUGUUUAUUGUUUUGUGCUGUAUCUCUCAUAUAACAGAUAAUUAUUUGUUGAAUGAUACAAUAUUUAAAUAAAAGACAAUACGGUGAUCUAGGUCCCCAGAGGUGAUUCAUAAUAACAUUAUUAAGGCUUAAAUUUUUCUUUUAGCCAGGUGUGGUAGUCAUCACUUUUGUUGUUGUUAUUUUAUUUUAUUUUUUUCAAGACAGUGUUUCUCUGUGUAGUCCUGGCUGUCCUGGAACUCACUCUGUAGACCAGGCUGGCCUUGAACUCAGAGAUCUGCCUACCUCUGCCUCCCCACUGCUUGGGAUUAAAGGCCAACACUGCCUGACUUGUGGUUGUCACUUUUAAUCCCAGCUCUUUGGAGUUAGAAGCAGGCUUGAACUCUGUGAGUUCAAGGUCAUCCUGGUCUACACAGCAAGUUCUAGACCAGACAAGACUAUGUAGUGAGAGCUGGCCUCAAAAAUGAAUAAAUAAGUGAGUGAAUGAAUAAAUAAAUAAAUAAAUAAAGACUCCUAGGUAACAUUAAUUUAAGAAAUACUUGUUAGUCAGGUGUCAUGGCUCAUGCCUAUGAUCCUAGUACUCAGGAGGCUGAGGCAGAGGAUUUCUAGUUCAAGGUCAUCCUGGACUACAUAGAGAAUUUCAGGCAAGACUGGCUACAUACUCAGAUGCUGCCCCUAAAUAACGAAAGAGGAAAGAAAGCCAUGCUUGUAAUACUACCCACAAAGCUCCGAGAUGUGCUGUUAAAUGAUAUAGCUGUUGGGCUUUUUGCUGGACAUCGUUAGCUGUAUUGUCUCCCAAGUCAUCUGUCCUUUUUCCCUAUCAGAGUCAAAACUUUGGGCUGGAGGGACCUUGGGACUGUCCCCUGUGGUGGCAAUUCUGAUGUUCUUAUUGGCUUCAGGGUGCUUGACUUCACAAUCAAGCGAGGCCUGGAAGGGCCUGGGCCAGGGCUUUCCUCCAGCUCUCGGGCCCACAGACCCGCGUUCCGGUCUUGAGAUGUGAGUGACAGAGCUCUCUGCUUUGCUGACCCAGUCUCAGAAGCAAAAUGAAGACUAUGAAAAGAUGGUAAAGGCUCUAAGGGAAACAGUGGAGAUCCUGGAGACCAACCACGCAGAGUUAAUGGAACAGGAGGCAUCUCUGAGCAGGACUGCCCAAGAGGAGAGGUUGACCUUGCAGCAUGUGCUCAAGGACAUAACCCAGGCACUGGCCUCAGUGGAAGAAGAGGACUCUGGGACCCAAAGCUCAGACCAGGAGAGCUCAUUGCAUUUGGACUGUAGUGGCUUCUCCCCGUUUGAUCCCCAGGACCCAGACAAGGCUCUUACCCUGGUGCGUUCAGUGCUGACUCGGAGACAGCAGGCUGUGCAGGACCUCAGGCAGCAGCUCUCGGGCUGCCAGGAGGCCAUGAGCUCCUUGCAGCAGCGGCAUGAUCAGUGGGAGGAGGAGGGCAGAGCCCUGAGGGAACGGCUGCACACACUCACGGGGGAGCGGGACGCUCUGGCCGGGCAGACGGCGGACCUUCAGGGAGCGGUGGACUCUCUCAGCAAGGAGCGCGAGCUGCUGCAGCAGGCCCGGGGAGAGCUGCAGCAGCGGCUGGAAGUGCUGGAGCAGGAAGCGUGGCGACUGCGAAGAGUGAACGUGGAGCUGCAGCUGCAGGGGGACUCGGCUCAGGGGGCGAAGCAGGAGCAGCAGGAGGAGCUGCACAUGGCCGUCCGUGAGAGGGGGCGGCUUCAGGAGACGCUGGCAAGCCUGGAAGCCAAACAGUCAGAAUCACGAAGUGAGCUGAUCACUCUUCGGGAAGCCCUGGAGUCAAGUCGCCUAGAAGGGGAGCUACUGAGGCAAGAGCAAGUGGAAGUGACAGCAGCCUUGGCCAGGGCAGAACAAUCCAUUGCAGAGCUGUCAGCUUCCGAGAACAGCCUGAAGGCCGAGGUAGCUGAUCUUAGAGCUGCAGCUGUCAAGCUUGGGGCCUUAAACGAGGCUUUGGCUUUAGAUAAAGUUGGGCUGAACCAGCAGCUCCUCCAGUUGGAGCAGGAGAACCAGUCUGUGUGCAGCCGAGUGGAGGCGGCCGAGCACUUGAGAAGUGCUCUGCAGGCGGACCUGGGAGAGGCAGAGAGGCGCAGGGAAGCCCUGUGGGAGAAGAAAACUCAGCUGCAGACUCAGCUGCAGAAGGCAGAGGAGACGGGGGCUGAGCUCCAGGCAGAACUGCAGAGUGUCCGAGAAGAAAAGGAAGAACUUAAAGAGAAACUAAGUGAGGCACAUCACCAGCAAGCAGCAGCUACAGCUCAGCUGGAGCAGCUGCGUCAGGAUGCAGAGCGACAGGAAGAGACACUUGCUAGAGCAGUCCUGGAGAAGGAGGCCCUCGUCCGGGAGAGGGCAGCUCUCGGGGUGCGCCUGCAAGCUGUGGAGCGGGACCGACAGGACCUCACUGAACAAGUCCUGGGGCUCAGGUCAGCCAAGGAACAGCUGGAGAGCAAUCUCUUUGAGGCCCAACAGCAAAAUUCUGUGAUAGAGGUCACCAAGGGGCAGCUGGAGAUCCAGAUUCAAACUGUCACUCAAGCCAAGGAAGUAAUUCAAGGGGAAGUAAAGUGUCUGAAACUGGAACUGGAUGCUGAGAGGAGCCGGGCAGAGCAGGAGCGGGAUGCAGUAGCCAGGCAGCUAGCCCACGCCGAGCAAGACGGGCACGCAGCUCUGGAGCGACAGAAGGUGGCCCACGAGGAGGAGGUGAACAGGCUCCAAGAGAAAUGGGAGAAAGAGCGCUCCUUGCUUCAGCAGGAGCUGGAUAAGACCCUGGAAGCCCUAGAAAGGGAGAGAACGGAGCUGGAAGCGAGGCUGAGAGAGCAAGAGACAGAAACUAAAGCCAUCCGCGCACAGAGGGAUGAGGAGCGAGCCGAGGCCGACAGCACCCUGUACCGCAUGCAACUAGAAACGGAGAAGGAGAGAGUGUCCCUCCUCGAGACGCUGUUGCAGACCCAGAAGGAGCUGGCAGAUGCCAGUCAGCAGCUGGAAAGGCUGAGGCAGGACAUGAAGAUUCAGAAGUUACAGGAGCAGGAGACGACUGGCAUGCUGCAGAACCAGCUUCGGGGAGCACAGCAAGAGCUGAAGGAGGCAGCCCAGCGGCACAGGGAGGAGCUUGCCGCCUCCCAGAAGGACAGGGUAGAUCUGCAGAAGCAGGUGGAGGACUUGAAGUCGCAGCUGGUAACCCAGGAUGACUCCCACAGGCUGGUGAAACUAGAGAUUCAGGAGAAGGUGAAAGAAGCUCAGGAAUGUAGCCGGAUCCAGAAGGAACUGGAGAAAGAGAAAGCCAGCCUGGCACUGUCGCUAGUGGAAAAGGAAGGAAGACUCCUUGCUCUGCAAGAAGCUGACUCUGUCCGACAGCAGGAGCUGAAUUCCCUGCGCCAGGACAUACAGGAGGCCCAGGAGGGGCAGAGAGAGCUCGGUCUGCAGGUGGAACUACUGAGGCAGGAGGUGAAGGAAAAGGAGGCUGACUUUGUAGCCCGGGAAGCGCAGCUGCUGGAGGAGCUGGAGGCCUCCCGGAUCACAGAGCAGCAGCUGCGAGCUUCUUUGUGGACCCAGGAGGCCAAGGCAACCCAACUGCAGCUGCAGCUGCGCAGCACGGAGAGCCAGCUGGAGGCACUGGCUGCAGAAGCGCAGCCAGAGACCCAGGCCCAGGCCCAGCUGGCUAGCCUCUGCUCUGUCCUGCAGCAGGCCCUGGGGUCUGCGUGGGAGAGCCGGCCUGAGCUGAGGGGCGGGGGCGACUCUGCUGCUUCCCUGUGGGGCCCUGAGCCAGAUCAGAAUGGAGCUAGGAGACUCUUUAAGAAAGGGCCCCUCCUGACUGCGCUGUCAACUGAGGCUGUAGCAUUGGCUCUCCAGAAGCUUCAUCAAGACCUGUGGAAGGCUCAGCAGGCCCGGGAUGACCUAAGGGACCAGAUCCAGAGGCUGACACAGCAGCUGACUGAUUCUGAGGCCCAGAAGAGCCAGGUCCGCUCCGAGAUGCAGGACUUGGAGAAACAGCUCUCCCAGAGCCAGGAAGAGAAAUCCCAGUGGGAAGGGAAACAGAACGCCCUGGAGUCUGAGCUGAGGGACUUGCACGAGACUGUGGCAUCCUUACAGAGUCGCCUGCGGCAGGCGGAGCUACAGAAAAUGGAAGCUCAGAAUGAGCAAGAGUUGCUGCAGGCAUCCAAGGAGAAGCUGACAGCCCAGGUUGAACAUCUGCAAACAUGUGUUGCAGAAGCCCAGGCUCAGGCAAGUGCGGCCGGUGUCCUGGAAGAAGAUCUGCGAACGGCGCGCUCAGCACUGAAACUGAAGAACGAGGAGGUGGAGAGUGAGCGGGAGAGAGCCCAGGCUUUGCAAGAGCAGGGCGAGCUGAAGGUGGCCCAGGGGAAAGCUUUGCAGGAGAACCUGGCCCUGCUGGCCCAGACCCUGACUAACAGAGAACGGGAGGUGGAGACGCUGCAGGCCGAGAUCCGGGACCUGGAGAAGCAGCGCGAAAUGCAGAAGGCGGCUCUGGAGCUGCUCUCCCUGGACCUGAAGCAGCGGAGCCAAGAGGUAGAGCUGCAGCAAGAACAGAUUCAGGAGCUGGAGAAGUGCAGGUCGGUCUUAGAGCACCUGCCCAUGGCCGUCCAGGAGCGGGAGCAGAAGCUGAGUGUGCAGCGGGACCAGAUCAGAGAACUGGAGAAAGAUCGGGAGACCCAGAGGAGUGUCCUGGAACAUCAGCUCCUGGAACUGGAGAAGAAGGCUCAAGUGAUUGAAUCCCAGAGGGGGCAGAUUCAGGAUCUGAAGAAGCAGCUGGUGACACUCGAGUGCCUGGCCCUGGAACUGGAGGAAAGCCAUCACAAAGUGGAGGGCCAGCAGCAGCUGAUUGCAGAGCUGGAGGGCCAGAGGGAGAUGCAGAGGGCAGCUCUGACCCACCUCACACUGGACCUGGAAGAGAGGAGCCAGGAGCUGCAGGCACAGAGCGACAAGCUCCAGGAGCUGGAGAGCCACGGCAGCCAUCUGGCGAGAGAGCUGCAGGAGAGGGACCAGGAGGUGAAGGCCCAGCGCCAGCAGCUGAAGGAACUGCAGAAGCAGAAAGAGCAGCUGGCUCAGGACCUGGAGAGGAAGGACCAGGAGCUGAUGCUGCAGAAGGAGAGGAUUCAGGUUCUGGAAGAGCAGAGGACGCUGCAGACCAAGAUCUUAGAGGAGGACCUGGAACAGAUCAAGCAUUCCUUGAGGGAACGCGGCCAGGAGCUGGCCUCUCAGCGGCAGCUGAUGCACGAGCGGCCAGACGAUGGGAAGAGCCCUAGCAAAGCCCAGCGUGGGAGCCUGGAGCACUUGAAGCUGAUCCUGCGGGAGAAGGAGAAGGAGGUAGAAUGCCAGCAGGAGCGCAUCCAGGAACUUCAGGAGCACACGGGCCAGCUGGAACAGCAGCUCCAAGGCCUGCACAGGAAGGUGGGUGAGACUAGCCUGCUCCUGAGCCAUCGAGAGCAGGAGCUAGCCACCCUGCAGCGGCACCUCCAGGAAGCCGAGGAACAAGGAGAGCUGAAAGAGCAGGCGCUUCAGGGUCAGCUGGAGGAGGCCCAGAGAGCUCUGGCCCAGAGGGACCAAGAACUGGAGGCCCUUCAGCAAGAACAGCAGCAGGCCCGGGGCCAGGAGGAAAGCAUGAAGCAAAAGACAAGUGCUCUGCAGGCCGCUCUGGAGCAGGCCCAGGUGACACUGCAGGAGCGUCAGGGGGAGCUGGAGGAGCACAAGGACCAGGUGCAGAGGCUCCAGGAAGAGCUGGCAGCGGAGGGGCGGCAGGUUCGGGCCCUGGAGGAGGUGCUGGGAGACCUAAGGGCCGAGUCUCGGGAGCACGAGAAGGCCGUGCUGGCCCUUCACCAGCGGUGUGCUGAACAGGCCCAGGAGCACGAGGCCGAAGCCAGGGCCCUGCAGGACAGCUGGCUGCAGGCCCAGGCCAAACUUACAGAACAAGAACAAGAGCUGGCCGCCCUGCGGGCAGAGAAUCAGUAUUCCCGCCACCAGGAGGAUGCUGCGUGGGCCCAGGCGGAGGCUCUGCAGCAGGCCCUCAGCAAGGCCCAGGCUGCCCUGCAGGACAAAGAGCAGAGUCUCCUUGAGCAAGCUGAACUGAGCUGCACGCUGGAGGCCAGCACUACCACCUUGCAGGCUACCCUGGACACCUGCCAGGCACGUGCCCAGCAGCUGGAGGAGGCCCUGAGGAUGCGAGAAGGUGAGAUCCAGGCCCAGGCUCUCCAACACCAGGAGGUUAUGCAGCAGCUCCAGCAGGCCCUUUCCCAGAAGGAGGAAGAGCUGAGGCAGCAGGAAGAGCAGGGGCAGCUGCUGGAAAAGGCGCUGGCCCAGCGGAGUCAAGACAGUGGGAUCCAAGAGAAGCAAAGUCUGGAGCGAGAGAGAGGAGAGGAGGCGGGGGGCCUUGUGGAGAGCCUAAGGGAGCUACAGCUGGCUCUAGCCCAAAAGGAAGAAGAGAUUUUGAUGCUGAGGGAGGCCCAGCAAAGGCAGAGUCUGGAGGCCUCUUCCCCAAGCCGCAGAGUCUUCCCGGUGGAGAAGCCAACUCCACAACUGCCCCCAGUGCAGCAGGAGCUGGAGCGACUGCAGAAUGCCCUGAGGCAGACGGAGGCCAGGGAGAUCGAAUGGAGGGAGAAGGCUCAGGACUUGGCACUGUCCCUGGCCCAGAGCAAGGCCAGCAUCAGCAGUCUGCAGGAGAUAGCCAUGAUCCUGCAAGCCUCUGUCCUAGAGAGGGAGUCGGAACAGCAAAGGCUACAGGAGGAGUUGGUGCUCAGCAGACAGGCUCUGGAGGAGCAGCAGUCACAUGACCCACACUCAGCCAGCAGAGCAGACCAAGGGCCCAAAGCUGGACAAGACAGGCAGCCUGGAGAGGUAGCUGUGGCUGAGCCUAGUCCUGGGGUGGAGGAGAAGGAGCAGUGGACACAAAGGCUUGAACGUCUGCAGGAAGCUGUGGCGCAGCUGGAAUUUGACCGCAGCAAGCUGCAGCACCACAACGCGCAGCUGCGGACUGCCUUAGAGCAGGUGGAGCGGGAACGGAGGAGGCUGAAGAGGGAUUCCAUGCGCGCAUCCCGAGCAGGGUCUCUGGAGACGAGAGAAGCCAUGGCUUCGUCCCCCGUACAGCAGGAUGGGAGAGGAGGUCAGAAAGGCUCCUCGGAUAGCAUGCAUGUGCUUGAGCUUCAGAGAGAGGUAGCCCUGCUGCGGGCCCAGCUGGCACUGGAGCGGAAGCAGAGAGAGGACUACAUCGCACAGUCGGCACAGACCAGCCGGGAGCUGGCGGGCCUGCGGCAUAGCCUCUCCCACUCCCUCCUCACGGUGGCCCAGGCCCCCGAGGCCACUGUUCUGGAGGCCGAGACCCGAAAGCUGGAUGAGUCCCUGAGUCAGAGUCUGACAUCCCCGGGGCCAGCCCUGCUACAUCCCAGUCUGGACACUGCUCACACGACCCCCAGGUAGCAGCCGUAGCCUGAGCAGAACACAGCCAGCCAGGUGGCGCACAUCGGAUGACUACAGAGGGGGUCACCGCUCCCCCAACGCUGCAAGUUUGCCAAAGGCAAGAUUAGCUCUGUUACCCGACUAGGAGGACCAGGUCAGCUCACAGUCCUAGGAAAUAAAUGGGGACCCUCCAGGCCGCAGAGGGUCGCAGCUCACAUGGGAAUGAGGCAAAUCGCAUUUGCUUGCUGACCUCCUGUUACCCAGGAAGUGCCUUGUCCUGCCUGCGGGGCAUCGUUGUCUUUCCGCCUGUUGAAGCAACCACAGUCCACACUGAGCCUGAAGGCCUGGCUGGCCCCAGCGGCAUCUGGUACUCUGUCUUGGGCAGGAGCAUCCAGUGCAGGGAGUGUCCGCUGCCUUCUUGGCUUCACCGUCCCCCACCUUCCCCUUUACAAUAAACCCCAGGUCUUUGUAUUA